AUGGGUAAACCAAGAGGCAGAAACUUCUCUAAGAAGCAAAACAACGAGGAAGAAGUUCCACGGGCGGUUACCGGAUUCUCGGACAAUGCAAACGUUCAGUCCGAAAAUUCUAUAUUGUCCGCCGAUCAGCCAAACACUUUCUUUGGUGUAUUAGAUACUCAGGAACUUGAGUAUUUUAAGCAGGCGGAGUCGACUUUAACUGUCGAUACUUUUGAGACGCCCGAAGAGAAAGUACAAUUCGUUACAAGCGUCAUCGAGGAAAGUAAAAACAAAGAACUGAAAUUAGCCACAUCGCAAAUUUGCUCCAAACUUAUGGAAAGGCUGAUCUUGGUUGGGACAAACCAGCAGCUAAAAGCGAUUUUUCAAAGUUUCAAUGGGUUCUUCUUCAACAUGGCUUGCCACAAGUACUCAUCACACGUACUCGAAACUCUUCUAGUCAGAGGUGCCGCCGUGGUUGAGAAGGAGCUCUUGACCCCACAAUUUGAAGGAGCUGGUUUUAGCGAAGGCGAUGAUGAAGUUUUUGCAUCUAUGGAGACACUUUUUUUGCACAUGAUGAAUGAGAUUACACCUAAUGUGAGGACUAUGCUAAAUCAUCGGUAUGCAUCUCACGUUCUGCGAAUGCUGAUCUUGAUUCUUUCGUCAAAGACUUUGCCAAGCACAACGAUGAGCAACUCAGCGUUGCGUUCUAAAAGAUCCAAAAUUGCACGUAAAAUGAUUGAUAUCAAGGACAACGAGGAUUUUAAUAAGACUUACAAGACCCCAGACUCCUUCAAGGUACAGCUUCGCGAGAUGCUUUCGUCUUUGUACAGAAGCUUGACUGGCGGGGCCGAACUGGGGUCCUCAAAUUUUAAAAACAUCAGCAUGACUCAUAUCACCAAGACCAGAGAGUUGUGCAUUGAUGCGAUAGCUUCUCCCGUGUUGCAACUUAUCAUUCAGGUCGAAGGUAUAUUUGACAGAGACAGAUCUUUCUGGCAUCUCAUCUUCUCGUCAAGUGAGGAAAAAAAUGCUAAAGAAGAGGCACUGGUCGAGUACCUACUCUCGGACCCUGUUGGCUCGCAUUUCCUCGAAAAUGUGAUUUCCUUCACUCGUGUUAAAUACACCGAGCGUCUAUACAAGAUGUACAUGAAGGAUCGAAUUGUUAAGCUCAGUAAAAGAGACUUGACUGGUGCCUUUGUUGUACAAGCCCUGCUAAAGCAUUUACGCCCCAAUGACGUGAAAUCUAUUUUGAAUGACAUUGUUCCCGAGUUGAGCGUCAUUGUGAAUUCCAAUAUGGAUUUUUGCACUAGCAUCAUCGAAGCCAGUAUUCAGCAAGGCGACUACAUGAAAGAAACGGUACUCAAGCAAUUGAUCAAGAGGUUUUAUCCUGAAGAAUCCGAAGACAAGAACAUUUUGGAGAGCUGCUUGAUGCUAACCUCAUCCACUUUAGGGAACACAAGGGAUGACUGGCCCACUGCCGAGGAGAGGCGAAGGUCCCUAUUUUUGGAAAAAUUGAUAGAUUACGAUGAUAAAUUUCUUGAAAUAACGAUUGAAAGUUUGUUGGCGAUGCCACAACACAGAGUUUUACAAAUGUGCUACCAUGGCGUGUUUUCGCACGUUGUAGAGCAUGUGCUACAGGUAAAGAGAGUCGAUAAAAUCCAAAGAAAAAGGCUACUGAAUAUUUUCUGCACCGAUGUUGUUAAUCUGUCAUGUAACGCCUAUGGCUCCCAUCUUAUCGACAAACUCUGGGAGUUCACAACAUUGCUGCCAAUGUACAAGGAAAGAAUAGCGACGAGUAUGACUGGAGAGGCCGAAAAGGUGAAAAAUAGUGUAUAUGGAAGACAAGCCUGGAAGAAUUGGUCGUUAGACACAUUCAUGAGAAAGCGGUUCGAUUGGAAGCGACUUGUAAAAGAGCAGCAACUAGAAUUAUUUCCGGAUGCGCAGAACACACCGCAAACUUCCAAGCCCUUCAAACGUAAGCCAGAAUUCAGCUCGCAACAAAGCGAUAAACGACCAAGAAGGUAA